AUGUUGGCCUAUAUCGAAGCAUUUUGCGAAUGGACAUUUCCAAUUCAAGCAGCUUUGGGAAUAGGCGGAAAUUCUAUAACACUAAUCGUACUGUUGAGCAGAAACAUGAGAAGCAGGUUGGCUAAAUUUCAAAUUUUAGUUUAAAAAUUUGCCUGAUUGUGAAUUAUUUUCAGAACAAACACUAUGCUUGCGAUGGCUGCAAUGUGCGAUAUUCUAUACUUGAUUUUUAUGUGUCCACUUCAGUUGAGUCGAUGGCCGAGUGCUAUUUUUGUUCCUUGUACAGGUAAUUUUUGAAAUUCACAGCUUCCCAAAAAUAAUGUUUUCGUUAAGAUUUGCAAGGGCAGCUCCGCAAAUGUUUCUCACACUUUGCUCAUUUCUACGUGGAGAACAAAACGCAUUUUACAUUUCUCGUCAACUGGUUUUCUGCCGCAAGCACAUGGUGAGAAUAAAACGACAUUUUUUAGAAUCUGUGUGAUGAGUUUUGAACAAAAAUAAAAUAUAAAUUAUUCCAAUAAAAUUCACGAACGCUCUCAUCUGAAUUCCUCACGUACAGAAAUGAUUUCUGUUCACAAAAAUAUGUCCUAAUUUUUUUUUUGCAAAAAAGGAAGUAUUUUAUAAAAUUCUGCAAAUUCGAUAGUAAACAAUGAUGUUUUAUGUGAGAACUUUUAUUAAUUAGAGAAUUUAUGAAUUCUCGAAGGGUUUUGUGAUUGAACGUCAGAAGGAAUUGGAAAAAAACCAGUGAAAUUGUUGAUUUUUCAAUUGUUAACUUCAUUUUUUUUCGGAAAAAAAAACUGAAAAAAAAUCCAAUUUCUUACAUUCAGGACCACCACAAUGGUACUUGAAGAAAUAUUUGACUGGAUCAAACAUUAAAAAUGUUUGUUUUUUUAACCUAAAUUUUUGAACCAACCCAGUGAAUAGUUUUCUGAUUUAAUCAAAUGUUUGGCUAGACAAAAUGUUUCUUGUUAAAAAAUCACACAAACCAAUUUUUCCAGGUUAAUCGUCGUUGUCUCAUUCGAUAGAUUAUGGGCAAUCAAAGCACCAUUUUUUGCUAGAUCCAAUUCGUAAGUUCAAAACAAAACACCCAUAUUUGCCUAAAAAUUAAAGUCAAUGUAAACAAACAUGUUUAUUUUCCAGAGGAUGCACCAGAAAAGAAUGCAUAAUUAUCCCGCUCAUUUUUCUUUUCACCGGUGGAAUCAGCUUUCAUAUGAACUUUUCGUUUGGAGUUUCCAGUAAUUCAACAGUAUGUUUUUUUCUGGAAAUGAAAAUAUAGGUUUUCCAUAUUUAUUUCACAAAAUUUUCAGGGCCCAUCAACGAUUGUUUCUACACAAAAACCUGUGUUUAUUCAUGUGUUAACUAUUUUAAAUUUGGUUAUGCAUAUUUUAAUCCCAAUGUUUUUAUUGAUCUCUCUCAAUUCUUGCUUGAUAUAUUAUCUGAAAAAUCGUAGAACUGUAAGUUGAUUUUUAUUUCCCAAUCAGCAAACAACCACAUUUCUGAAAAAACAAUAUCACAAAUUUCAGAUCUUUGAGCCAAAAAGAAGUAGAGGAUCAAGAAACUCAAAUGAUUUGCCAGCUCCACUUUUGAAUGAUAAUAAUGGGAAUACGGAUCGAAGUGAUGUUGCCAGACAUCAUUCAGCAAAUAGUGGAAUCUGGUUCCGUCAUGUUGGAAAAGCUGAGAGACACGUUACAGUUACAGUCACAGCUAUUGUCACGUGUUAUAUUAUCUCACACAUUCCAUCAGCCGGGAUCUAUGCCUAUAUGUAAGUUCUGGUUCGAAAAUUUCAGAAAAUAGAUCUUGACCGACAUUAUAUUUGAAAACGGAACCUCAUUCAUAUUUUAGUAUGAACUCUUCCUUAAAAAAACUUUUUUUUUUGAAAAAAAAUCAGGUGACAUUGAAAAAAAAAGAUAUCCGUGUGAAAAAAUCAGAAAAUAUAACUCGAAUGUAGUCUCUCUAGGAGCCAAGUCAAAAGAGCUAAUUUUCAGGUAUCUUUGGAGAUAUGACACAUUUUACCAAGAAGGUUGGAUGUAUACAAUGGUCGCUGUCUCAACUGCAGUUGUCACGUUCAGCAAAGUUGCCAAUUUUCUACUUUUCUGUAUGAGCAGGUAUUUUUCACCAAGUUUUUUUCCAGAAUGUUUCAAAAUCUCAUAUUUUUCCAGCAAACACUUUCGUCUUGAAAUGGAGAGAAAAAUUUGUUAUUUCUGUCGCAAACAUCAAGAGGUGAUUAGUUUCAAAGAUAGUGCAAAUCAGCAUCGCACAAGGUAUGUGCAUUCGAUAUGAUGAGCAAAACUACUAUCCAAUGUUUCCUAUAUAUUUUCUUUCAUUUACAAAUCUCUUUAUUAUACAUACAUAUAUCUUAUAUCUGGUUUAGAUCGUUACAACUCAAUGUGAUCGCUGAUUCAACAAACAAUAAUGUUUCGGAAUAA